ACGGGCUUUCUCGGGGCGGCGCGGCAGUGGCCCCUGGUGGCGGUGGCGGGGCCGCUGCCCGCAGCCCACCAUGGAGGAGGACGAGGGGACUGCGGGAGGCACGGAGCAGCGGCGUCCCCGCCGCCAGCCCAGGGCCGAGCGCUCCCCCAGCCCCAGCCGCCUGGACGUCAGCUCCAGCCGCUUCGACCCGCUGCUGGCGCUGUACUCCGCCCGCACGCCGCUGCCCUUCCCCGGCGCCCCCUGCUUCAACAACCUGGCCGAAUAUGAGAGCUUCCAGCGAGGCCUGCUCCGACCGCGGGGCCGCCGCUCCGCUCCCUCCCGACGCGGACUCUCCGCCACUUCGCGCACCGCUCGCCGCGGCCCGCCCGCCGCUGACCCCGAGCGCAUCCAGCGCCUCCGCAGCCUCAUGGUGAACGCGGGCCCGAAGCAGGAGGCGGCCGAGGGAGCUUCGGGUGCCCGGCGCCGGCGGGCACCACGCAACGUCCUCACCAGGAUGCCCCUCCAUGAAGGCAGCCCACUGGGGGAGCUUCAUCGCUGUGUCCGAGAUGGGGUGAAAAUCAACGUCCAUAUUCGUACUUUCAAAGGGCUUCGUGGAGUCUGCACAGGGUUUUUAGUUGCAUUUGACAAAUUCUGGAAUAUGGCUCUGACAGAUGUGGAUGAGACAUACAGGAAACCAGUAAUGGGCAAAGCUUUCUAUGCAGAACCUCAGCUCACCCUAACCCGGCUGUUUGACAGACUCAAACUCCAGGAGUCCUCAGUAAAGAAGGGAUCAGACUCAAAAGCUGUCUCAGAGGAGCUUGCUCUGACAAAUGACUCUGAGACUCUGGGAUCAAAAGCUGCAUCAGGACGAGGGAGAGCAGAAGAUGAGCACGAGAGGCAGAAAUGCUUGGGCAGAGCUGGAGAAAAGAAGACACCAGGUGACAAUUUGCAUCUGGCUGUCAGAGGUGAAGCUGAUGUGGGCAGUGGGACAGCCCACACAGAGGGUGCCAGUGCUGGUGGUACCCGUGCAAGAAGCCAGUCAAGGAGAAGAAGGCGUCCCAAAGUGGAUUAUCAGCAGGUGUUCACACGUCACAUAAACCAGAUUUUUAUUCGAGGAGAGAACGUCUUGCUUGUUCAUUUAGCACAGUGACUUGGCUGAGCCUUUGUCCAGUGUAUUUAUUUGAUAGCAUGAAUUGCUGCUGCAGCUCUCGUUGUUAUUUAGCAUUCUCAUUGUCAUGGUGCUGUGACUGGCUUCCCAUUGCCUUAACAGGAUAGGGGAGGUAAUUCUAACUGGAGCAUCCUGAGCCUGAUGCCAAAGCAGCCUCUUCAGAUCUCUGAUGGGGGUCUCAGGACAAGGUCAGCAAUGCAGUUGUUUUGUGUGAUAAGAAAGGCAAGAACAGAUUCCACUGGUCCUUAAAAGGAAGCUAAAUCCAGAGGGUUGGAAGAGUAUUUUCAGGUACUCAGUUACAGGAGGUAAUUGUGGCACACAUUUAUGGAGUAUAAGAUUAGAUCUCCACCUGAAACGAAUCACAAAUGCUAUUUUGUGUGUUCUGAGUAAUCUCAAGAUCACUAUUGAAACCAACAGUUCAUCUGUUUCUCUUAAAUGAAAGUCUUCUUUUCCAGACAUAAUUUUUCCAGGUACUUUGAAAUACUGUAUAAAAAGGUGGAGCAACAUGCUACUGAUGGCUAUUAGCUUCUUAUUCACAGUGAGCUCUCUAAUGCCCUGUGUGAUAGAAAACCUGUUAACUGAAAGCUGCUCUUUUUCCAUGAAUGAUGUCAAGGUUUAUUUGGUUUCAAUAUCAGUGCAUCUGUUUGUAGUGCUGUGCUUUAGCCCUGUGUCACCAGCAAACAGCUCGUGUGGCUGAUCCAGGGACCUCCAUAUUUGGAGUUUAUCUGUCAAUGUUGCAGAUGGAGAUGGAAAAUUUUACUUUCAUAUCUCACCCAUUUGCUACGAAGUGUAACAGUGAAGUUUGCAGAGAUGCAGUUUUUCUUCUCAGAUUUCAGUGUUUGUGCUGAGCACAACUGUACUGUAUCUAAGCUCCUUUCAAAUAACCUCAGUUGAAACUAGAGGUGCUGUGUCUCCAGUGGUUCUCAUGGGCCAGAAGCCUUCAUGGGUCUUUCUUGUCUGCAUAAAUGACAGAUCAUCUAAUUUCAGUUGAAGUGAGCUUUGGAGGUCUGCCUAAAAAUGUUUUGAAGUAUAAAAGUCAAACUUGGCUUAUCAUUUUUUUUAUGUUAGCAAGGUUAUUAAGGUAGUGUAGAUCAGUCCAGGCUUCUUUAGAUAUAAAGAGCUUUCCAAGACCUAUGUGCAGAAGUAUGAGGGUACAUGAAGCUGUUAUAUUAUUUAAUCUGUGUCAAAGGACACUCACUAUAUUUCACACUGCUAUUCGUGUAUUCAUCUCAAGCAGCUCCAUGUGUUCAAGAUGAAAAUGGGAAAUUCCAGGACAAGGGGUAGAACAACUUUGUAGUAGGUCUUGUAUAUUGUAUAUAGAGGUCCUGAGUCCUCAAAGAGUGACUGUGUUCCUAGUGACAUAUUUUGGUUGGUGCAAAUGCAGCAUACUGGCUGCAUGCCCAUUUGGGUGCUUAGGUGAAUUAUGGAAAUAAUUUAGUAGGAGCUCCUGGACACAUAAAGAAUCUGAGAUUUUGAUGCCAACAUUACAGAUGAUAUGGGGCUUGGAUGGCUGAUCAGCUCAGCCUCUGAGCUGCAAACCCAAGUUCAGCCUGGGACAGGAAUGCCUCAGAAUAAAAUGUACUGUUGUGCAAAUCUGUUUCAUCAUGAACUGAAAAAAAAAUGGUAAUAAUAUCUACAGUUUCUUAUUAUGCAUAGCUUUAUUGCUGCAGUCCUUUCCUACUAUGAACUGAGACUAGGCACUGAAAGAUUCUUCUCUUGGAGGUUCUUGUUUCCUCUCGUUUUCUGCUCUUCUUGGUUGUGUUCAUGUUUUCUGUAAGUUUUUUCUUUUUGGUCGUUUUUUUCCCCUUUUCCCAUCAGUACUUGGCUGUGAGUACAAGUGAGUAUUCUUCUUCACUAUGUGGGGAUUUCCUCCCCUCUGCUUUCUGGCAGGCUUGGUUUUACUUCGUUUGCUGAGAAGAAUUAUCUCUGCCUCUUCCACUCAUGCCAAAGGCUACAGGUUUUGACACCUCAUCUCUUUCAUUCAUACUUGACCAAGAGGUGUCAAAUCUCCACUCAGGCCUAUGUACUAUGACAUCUAAUUGAAUUGCUGAUUUUCUUUACAUUAUAUUCUUAAUUCUCUUUGCUUAGUUUUUACUGCCUUGUGCAUUAAAUAAGAUACAACUACCAUGAAUAUUCUUGUGGCUUUACUGCCCUCUUUCCUUGUCAGUUGACACCACCAGGUACUCAGUUGCUACUGGAAGUCUCAGUUUUUCCUUUCAUCAGAUCUUCUCUGACACCUUGAAGGUGUGUGUUGCUUUACAGGUUUCUUUUUUUCUAAGUUUUAUAAAGAAUGCUGGUGCUUAGACUUGCAUUUGUGCCUUGGUUUUUAUAUCAUUGCUGACCUGUUCUUCCAAAAUCACACCUCAGUCAACAAACCUGGUUAAGAGCUAUAGAGUUUGCCUGCUUAUUUUGUUCUACCUCAUUAUUAAACUGUUGAUCCUCUAUUCUCAUUGUUGUCUGGUUAAAAUUCUCUCUUUCAAUUUAGAUUUAAUGGCUUAUUUGCUGGUUCUUCCUUCUUCCUGCUUCCCUGUUCACCUGUCUCGUUAUUUCCAAGCUGCUUCCUAAAUACAGCCUCUUCUACAAUUUCAGAUCUUCCAAAGUGUCUUCCUUUUCCCUACUUUUUCUGACAUUGUAUCUUUUAAGCCCAAAAAGCUAUUUUUAAGCACUUGUGAUUUUGUCUCUUUCAAGCAUCAUGAUUGUGACUAAGGCAGUGAUUCAGUAUGUGUUGUCACUUGCAUGUUUAAUACUUCAGAUAAAGUUGCUCUUUAAAUAAAAUUGAAUGUGAUGUUCUGAAAUGAAGUCUUCUACCUCACUUAAGUAUUCAUGUAAAUCUGUUAAAAAAAACCCAAACCAAACAACCCUUGGAAAACAAUGAGCUUUGGUUUUUUUUUAAUUUCUUUUCUUCCAUGGGUUUUCUUUUCCAGUCAGUAUAAAAUCAGAGUUCUUUGUUCAAAAGGCUGUCUGCUCCUAGCAGUGUCACAAAGGUGAUGUGAGCAUAGACACCUCAAGUCCUUAUUCUUGGCAUUAUUAUCCUCACUGGUAAGAAGAUGACAAACACAGGGGUUCAUGAUCUGCUGUCUGUCCUGCAUUCCAUUUUUCAAGAUGCUGCAAUGUACAAUGUGGUGAGAGCUGAUUCUGUGGUCAGAGGAAGACAGGGACAGCCAGUUGGAAAGGGAACUCAAAGAGAGAAACACAAAAUCUUAAUAGUAUCCUCGUAGUUAAUCAGAUAGAAGCCUCAUAAAGGAGAAUAGCUGAGCUUUGUUUUUUCAUUUACCAAAGGUAUUAAUACCUUGCUAUACUUUGACCAAAAGAUAAGAAUACACUCGAGUUUUCAUUUAGAAGCUUUAGCUUGACCAAUUUUUUUUUUCCCAUCAGUAAUGUUGUGUCACCUUUGGGUAAAUGUUAUUACAACUUCUUGUUUAAAAGUGCUGUGCUGUUUGUGUAGCUAGUAAUGUUAAUUUUUUUUAUCUGAAAGGUGCUUUUAAGAGCCACUGUCAUUAGAAGGAAACCCCCAUUUUCAUGUCUUGUGUUCAAUUCUGACAGUGUGACCUAAGAUCAAACUGGAAACAGCUGGAUGCAAGUAGAGCAGUUAAAAUCUUACUUGAAAAGACAGAAUUUCUAAAAAAACCUCACAGCUUUUUCUGACAGUUCUUGCCAAUGUAUCAGCAGGAAAAAGCAUCAGUUAUUACACAGUAUAAAUGUUGUGGACAAAAUCUCUAUUAUUUAAUGAAUAUUCUUUGCUGCCAUUAGCAGCCUGGGUAGAAAAACAUGAGGUCACUUGGGAAAUGAUAGACAAAGCAUCAAUCCCCUCCAGGUGGGCACCACAGGAACAGUGCACUACUUGAUGACUUUUUUUGUUGAAAAAAAAAUGUGUGUAAUCUACUGUAAGUCUAACAGGUACUUCUGUACAUUUUCCUACCUAUAAGCUUUUAUGGCAUGAACAAAGAGGGAAAGCAAAUCAGGAAAAAGGAGGAGAGAAAAAUCACUUGGUGGGAGCUCUUUGAAAUUGGGAGUCACUUUCUAGCCUGUACACUUUGGUGUCACUUGGCCAGCCCUGGGCAGUUGUGCUCUGUAACUGGAGGGGAGAGUAUGCAGAGACACUUCUGGUGCAGCCUCCAACACGUUGUGAGCAUUUUCCAGUUCAUGUGCCCCACUCCAUUCCUAAUAACUGACCUGUUUUAUCACACCUCUAAUAUUUUGCAGAGGAAACUCAGUGGGGGAAAAAAAGCAAGUAAGCAAAUUACCACUUCUGAGUCAGGGAUGUUAGAAAGCUUGGUUAUCGUUGUUAGCUUCCUGGGGCUGCAGAAGAAAGGACUACUUUAGGGGAGGAAAAUCUCUCAUGAUGUUUACAAGUCCUUUUAGAUGUCACUGUAAGUGCUCUUGCUCUUGGCUGGUAGAAGUGAAGGCCUGUCAGAGAAGGAAGAUGCCUUCUGAUGCUCCUGGAUAACUAUUUUAUUAGCUGCUAGCUUCAUAGUGUGCACUUGGAUGACUUAGCUGAAGAAAAUUAGUACACCUGAGACUUGCAGUCAGUCUUGUAUUCGUUUAGAAUGAAAAGUAGUUUGAUCAGUUUGUGUAAAAACAUAUCCAUCCUUUUUCCCUCUGAAAAGAUCAGUGCUUUCCCUCAGGAAAGAAAUGAAAGCUGCGUGUGUUACUGUAGCAAUUGCUUCUGAUUUCUCCUGCUUCAGAGCGAAGUGCAGCUGUGUCAUUGGAUCUUUGCUGUGACAGAUCAUUCUGAGAUGAAAAAAUGAGAGAAGUGUUUGGUUCUUUAAAGCUGAAAUGGGCAUUGCAUGGGAAGCGGCUGAGUUGACCUCUUCCCCAAUGUUUUUUGUAUCCAGUGUUGUCACGUGGAUCGGGACUGGUUAACCAAUUAGUCAUCUAUUAAACAUCCUUAAUGAACUACAGAGGAGUAGCAUGACCUUCCAGACUGAUGUGGGAUUGGAAGUCAGGUGCUGACAAAAUCUGGGCUCUCUACUGCCACUUGCUCACUGAACGUCACUUCUCUCCUUCUCCCUUAUGCCCCACAUCUGUAAUACACCUGAGAGCAACCCUUGCCUGUCUCACAAGGAUUUGUAGAAGCAGGGAGUACUAAACAAGUGUUAAGUAUUGUUAUUAAAAAUAUAAUGUGUCAGGUAAUUCAGAUGCAUAGGUCAUCUGUGCUCUUCAGGCACUUGACUGUUAAGCUUUAUGACUUGGCACACUCCAGAUGUGCAGGUUAUCAGGUACAAUGAUGCACUUCAGUCUUGAAAUGACUUAAGUCUUCAGCAUCAAGUUUUGUGACUUCAGUGUCUGUUUCACAGCUGCAAUAUCAUGUUGUGGUCAAAUGGUGAUAAAGGAGAAUGUAAUGGAUUUGUAAUUCCUUUUCUGUCUUCCUAAAGAUUUUGUUUCUAAGGAAGCUGAUGCUGCUAACACCAUAUUGAAUAAUACUGAAUUUGCAAUAUUCUGCUUUCCAGAUAAAGAUGUUUAUAUUUAAAAGUGCUAAGACUGCAAUGCAAUAAAUACAUCCAUAUAA